GCGCGCCCCGCCCUCCCUCCCGCCCGCGCCCGCCGCAGCGCCGCUCCCUGCAGCUGCCCGGCGGGGUGUGGGGGAGGCGGCCGCUCGCUCCCGCCCGCCCGCCCGUCCGCCGCCCUGCAGGCCGCCCCGAUCUCCUCAGAAAAUGAUGCACCCUGUUGCCAGCAGUAAUACAGCUUUCUGUGGGACCGGCAAGAGUUCUUGCCUUAACGAAGACAAUGUGAGAUCUGCCGAUCAGUUUGACUUGUAUGCCACACAGCAAAGUAAAUACAGCCACGCAGUCAGCCACAAACCAAUUGCAUGCCAGAGACAAGAUGCAUUGAACGAAUCGCACUUGCAGACCACAAGUGGCAGGAAUAUAGAGACAAAAGAUGAACUAAAGAAAAAGAAAAACCUCAACCGAUCUGGUAAACGUGGAAGGCCAUCAGGGACCACAAAAUCAGCAGGGUACCGAACCAGCACAGGUCGACCCCUGGGGACCACCAAAGCAGCUGGAUUUAAGACAAGUCCAGGCAGACCCUUGGGUACAACUAAAGCAGCAGGAUACAAAGUCAGCCCAGGCAGACCUCCAGGUAGCAUUAAAGCUCUAUCACGGCUUGCAAAUCUAAGUUAUACUUGUGGCAGUGCAGCUUUUCCCUACCCUAUGGUGCAUAACAGAGGAGUACAUGCUGCUGGUGAAACUAGUAGCAAAAUCAAACAGCCUAAUGAAUGAAAGGAGGGAAUUAGUAACUCCUUACUAAUCUGCUUUACUCUGAAUUUUGGCAUGUUUCUUGCAUUUUGUUGUAGUGUUUGCCUAAGUCUGAGAUUCUAGAUUUUAUUUUUAUUCAAAUAAUGCCAUAGGCUACUGGUGCAAUUCAGUAACUUUUCAAUGUUGAGAAGGCACUGGUUUAAAAGGUUUUUUUGUUGGUUUUAAAUCAUAAUUUAUAAGAAAGUCUGAAGUGAUGCAUUAUGCCUUGGUGUCGAUACUUAAGUAAUGUCCAUGUUCCUAGUUUUACAUUCAAUUUCUGGUAAAUCUAGUUGUGUCAUUAUGCAUUAAAUAAUUGAAAUAAGAAGGACAGAAUUAGCUGGCUGUUGGUUCAUGAUGUGGCCUAUCCCACAAUAAGGAACUCGGCCAGAUGAGUUCUUACUUGAUAAGAAAAAAUUUAUUAAGAAAGCAGCAAGCUACAUUUUCCACUUCUGCAGGAGCUUCUACAGACCUCAAAUAGAUACUUAAAAACUUAAAAAACAAACAAACAAUAAAACCCAACCUUUUUUUAAAGUGCUGAUUUCAGGUGGCUUUUGUUUCUGGAGUUGUAGCAUUAAGUCAAUUUCAACUGAUGCUCCAAAAAUAUUUUUGAAAAUAUUAAGGAAAACUGAGCAUUUGUACAGCACGUUACAGCUUCACAGCGCCUUAUUAAUAUGAGCUAAUUUGCCUUUAGGUGAUAGCUGUUCUUUUAGUUAUGCUGUUACAGGAUUCUGCUGUGUAAUUUUGAAAUGCCUAAUAGUACGUACACCAAACCACAAAUAAUUCUUUGAAAUUUGAAAUAUUUUAUAGGAAAUUAAGAACUGUUCAUUCUAGUUACGCACUUGGUUAAUAUUGAACAGUAUGUUUUUAAAUCUGUAAAUAGCUAUUUACACUGGUUUUUGCCUUUAAAAUCUGUGCUUAGGUGGCGACAGUUUAAUAGCUUUUAAAGUAUUAAUCUAUAAUGUUUACAAAUUAAACUUUUUAAAUAUACACUGUUGCCAAGUUUUCAGACUUAGUUUUGCCAGAUAUUCCUGCAAAUACAGUUAUUCCGUUGUUUGACACUUAGACUAUAUUUAAGUUAUGGAAGCUUAUAUAUCUACCAAAGGACGCCAUUUUCAUGAUUUAUAAAAGCAAACUGUAUAGCUGAUGCAAACAGGAUGCAGUUUACUGCACUGCUAGACCCCAGAUAUGAAGUAAUUCAUCUAUGCAUGCAAGCUGAAAAAAAUGUUGUUGGUUAACUAUAAAUACCUUUCUUGACUCAAACUAAAACCUUCCCUCCUUCCAAAAGAAAUGUUCCAUUUUUCAACUGGGUGCGUUUAAUUUUUUUUUUUACAUGUGAGAGAGUGUGUGAGUGUGUGUAUAAAAUACUUUAAUCUAGACUUCAAAAAAAUCAGUCCUCAAUGUUGCAUAUUGUUUGUUCUAAAUUUAUUUCACUGGAAUUAAUGCUUCCCCCCCCCCCAUCUGGAAGAAAGUUUAUGUUUAAGUUGUUUCACGUAUAAUAUGACAUUGUGAUAAAUUUGUAGCUUCAAAUAUCUGGGGAGGGGGAACAUAUAGAGUUUGCAGAUUUGGGGGAGCAUAAAAAUUUGGGUUAAUUGAGCCUGUGCUGAAUGAGUAAUGAUGCUGAUAAUUUUUGUUAACAUAAAUGCUAUUCUGGCCUGCUGUCAUUUUGAUGAGAACUCUUGAUUUCAGUGAUGACAACUUAAGAAACAGAUGUCAUGUUUCAUACCUUUUUUAUCAGGAAAAAAGCAGCAAGCCUUCAGGUGUUCCAGUGAUGCCUAACACAUAUUGAGCUGGACUUUAUGCUGUACUUUACAAUAGGUGUGUUGAAUUGUUUUGGGGGAACUGUGUAUGCACUGGCAACUAAGACAAUGAACCUCAACUAUACUGGAUGGCGCCUUAGUCAAUAGAUGAACUAAUGGCAACUAAACUGCUACUAAAAAAUAGUUUCUUCGUGCUGAAGCUAUGAAAUCCAGUUAUCCGUUCUGUUCCUCAACAAACUCGCAAGUCUGAAAUUUAGCAGUCUUUCUCAGAAUGAUGUAACUUCUGACACAUGCAAAAUGCUAACAUGAGUUAAUUCACCCUCAGGAUCUGUAUUGUAUUGGGAAUUUUUAAUCAGAUGAUUUUUCAACAAAAGACUGCUUUAAGUUCUUUCCUGAACUCAGCUGGGAAAGCAGUCCUCUUCAGCUGAAUGUAAUAACUGCAGGAGAGUCACACUUCGCUGGCAAGGAACGUGUUGCAUGUCACCACUGUACCUUGGAGAAACUCCACUUCUUACCUCCUCCUGUUUAUCCUGUUUGCUCCUGUUAGGUUUCUCACUUGUGCAUCUACUCAAUGGUGCUGUGCUGUGUGUCAGGAGAUAAUGCAGAUGUAUUGCUGUUCUGCUAGUAUAAUGAAUUUUGUAUUCAAGUAUGCUGAUGAAAUAAUGAAAUCAUCUAAGCAAUUUCUGUUCAUUACAGUGUUUAUUAAUUAUAUCAGAUGGAAUAUAAUCCCAGUAAAAAACAAUUAACGUUGUCAAUUGUGAAAUGAUGAGCAUAAAGUAGAAAAGUGUUCAGAGAGUCUGUAAUGGGCUGCCUGGCACUCUAGAUUUAGCAAGGAGACCAGAAGUGCACUGCUGGGCAUUUCCUAAUUCUGGUUUAUUUUUCAUCUGACUAUAGUUUACUGGUGCCGUGCAGUGAGGGGAAGAAAAAAGAAGUUAAGAGAUUCAAAGUGAACUAGAAGUGGAAUUUUCAAAUAUUUCUGCUUUUCCUGUGUAUAAUCUGCAGAAUACAUUGUGCUUUUUUUUCCAACACCUUUCUUUCCAUGAGAAACACUGAAACAGCAUGUUAAUGCCUAAACUUUAUUAGUACCAAUGGGAAAACUGGCCUUUUCCCCCCAUAGUAUGAAAAUGUUACUUGUAAGGUAAAUUGCUUAUUUUAUAUUAUAUAUCAUAAUUCAGCUAUUCAUAAGCUAGGAUCACUGUUGUGUGUUAACACUGUUCAGAAGAUCUACAUGUCAAGUUUGUUUUUUAAUAAUUUCUUUUAAUUAUCAAGUUUCUAAUGUCUUAUUUAUGCACAAAUGAAAUAUAUUAGCUUGCUAUUAUUCCUUAAUGAUGCUAUACAAGUUCACUGUUUAAUAUACAUAUAGUAACUACUAUUCAGUUUCUGAUUAAAUUUACUUAAACUUUAAAACCAAAUAAUUUUGCUACUAUAAAGUCUUGCACUGGACAUAUUCAAGAUGCUAGCACCAUAUUUUGGCAGAAAAAAAUCAGAUACCAUCAGAAGUGGCUGACUUUGAUAUCAAAGAUAGUAUUUUUAAAAUCAGCAGUUAGCUUUGUCAUUAAAGCAAUGUUCUUUAUAUCUUGGAUUUAGUUUAAACUAAUCAAAAUAACUAUGUAUCAAGAGCCAUUGAAGAUCUCUGUUCUGAAUGAAUAUAUUUUCAUUUUGUCUGAAAGAUCUUAGAGUUCAGUCAGGACAAAACCAAGCCUUGUCAGUGAAAAGUGAUGUGUCUGUGAAAAGAAUUACUUGGAACUACAAUACACAGAGUAAUUCAGAUGAGAAUUUAACUCCCUCCCCCAUUUUUGAAAAGCUUUAAAAGGCAGAGCAAUGUGAAGUCAUUUGUCCGAUGGUUUCAUCAGCUGUGACUCUGCUGUUCUUUGAUAUAUGUAUAAUAAUGUUUCAUGCUAUCCUUAGAGUUGACAGUUAAAACAGUUGGUAACAAUCAUAAAUACUUCAAAUUGCAGACUUCAUUUCUGACCACAAAAGAAGUUUAUUCUUCUCUAUUUUAAUGCAUAUAUUUUAACACUGCUUAAAUAUAUUUAUGACUUCAGUAGAGACUAGACCUCUCUCCUUGUGAUUUUUUUUUUCCAAAUAGAAAAAAUCUGUAUUCUGAAAUUUGAACCACUUUCUGAUACUUUAAUCUUUCAUCAUUUGCUUUUCCACAGGUUUACUUUGGGGGAAACAGUAAUCUGUUAAAUAACUAGUAUCAGCACCCCGUCCUCUGCUGUAAAAAGCCUGAUUAGAUACUGUGUAUGUUUUUAUGUCCAUGAACUUGAGCUACUCGUGUGCAAUUAUGUGUAUGGGAAUGGAGUAGUGUUCAUGAUCUGUAUUUACAUCAUCAUAUGGAUGUAUAUUUAUUAAUAAAGUUAAUACUUUAAAACCUAACAA